AUGUUUACGGUACCCGGCUACGGUAGUGUCUUGUUAGAGAGCUGGCUCCUUGUGCUGACCUAUGACAUCAGAGCCGUCGUCAGAAGAUCGUCUGUUGUGCUGGGGGACCGAGAGAAAAUCAAAGCGGACAGAGUGUUCGUGUGUACAACUAUGUACCGUGAGAGCGAGAACGAGAUGAGGGACUACCUUCAGUCACUGGCCGAGCUAAGCAGCUCCCUCCAGCCUUCAGACCCAGAGUUUGAGGCGCACAUUUUCUUUGACGACGCCGUGUCUAAAGGCUACAUCACGGAAUAUGCUGUCAAAUUGUUUGCUGUCGCUAGAGAGGUUUUGGAUUUUUCAAGUUCCUUUAAAGAAAUGCCCUACGGCCAACAACAUAAAUGUUUAAACAUUUCAAAACAGAAACAUCCGCAGGGCAGCAACACCAAGUUUAUGCCCUUGACCAUUCACCUCAAAGACAACUCCAAGGUCCUAGGGAAGAAGAGAUGGAGUCAAGUUAUGUUCAUGAACUACGUCACAGAUAAUAAGUUUCUGAACCAAGAUGACGACAGCAGCUUCAUCCUGACGACAGAUGGAGACGUGAGUUUUAAGCCUGGCGCUGUGCGGGCUCUCAUCAAGCAACUGCAGGCUGACAACAAUUUAGGUGCCGUCUGCUCCCGGAUAAUUCCUGACGGUGAAGGCCCUUUGUACUGGUUCCAGUCCUUUGAAUACGCUCUGGAUCACUGGCUUCAGAAGACGACAGAGCACGUGCUAGGCUCGGUGCUGUGUGCCCCUGGAUGUUUCAGCCUGUACCGCUGUAGCGCCAUCUGUGACGUCCUGAAGACCUACAGCCAGCCUGCCCGGUCAGCGAUGGACUUCCUCACUAGAGAUAUGGGGGAGGACAGGUGGCUCUGCUCUCUGAUGGUUCAAGAAGGGUGUGGCAUUGCCUACUGCCAAGAUGCUCGCGUCACAACCCACUGUCCGACUAAUUUUGAGGAGUUUUUUAAACAAAGGCGUCGCUGGAUUGCGUCCUCUUUAGCUAACGUCUAUCUGCUUUUAAAGGACAGGAACAAACUCCGUCAGGACAAUCCUCGCGUCUCAGAGAUCUUCCUGAUGUACCAGCUGCUACACUUUGUCACGGCUCUUCUCUCGCCCACAGCCGUUCUCAUCAUCGUUGCCGGUGGAGUGAGCUACGCGUUUGGUGCGCCAUCUUAUAUUAUUUACAUUGUAAUUGCCCUGGUAGAGUUGAACUUUACCCUCUUCUGCCUGAAAGGAAAUCACAGGACACAACUGGUGGUGUCCCAAUUCUAUGCUAUCCUGUUCCCCGCCAUGAUGUGGGCCGUCUUUGUUGGCAUCAUAGCCCAAUUGGCAGCAAGUCCCAGCUCCAGUGACCAAAGCCACUCAACCUCGUCCCAAAACAAAAUAUCAUCCUCGUUACUCGACGACUCAGACUCGGGCGUCGACCUCCCAUUCACUGCGGGCUACAUCCUGGCCACUUUUGGUGUGGUUCUUGUGACCGGCAUCCUCCAGGGUAGAGACUGCCUACAGCUGAUCCAUGGCUGUCUCUUCGUGUUCUCUCUGCCAUGUCUGUACCUGCUGAUGACUUUAUACACAGUAUCCAACCUGACAGAUCUCAGCUGGGCCGAGGUGAGGCUAUUUGUGUACAGUUUUAUGGUUGACUGGCUUCAGCUGGGUCGACCUAAAACAGAACUCAAACUUUUUAAAUCACAUCAACAACCUGUUUCAGGCACCAGACAAGAUAUGGAAGCGGAGUCGGAAUAUUUCAUCCAAACGUGGAUUAAACUCCUCAAGUCUUUCAUUUCUUUCUUUAGAUGCAGGUGUAAUUUCUCUUUAUCGAAGCCUACAGAUCUUGAAAUCCCGAUCGUAACAGCUAAAGAAAUAGCUGAGCUUGACCUAUCGCCUGACAAAAAGGAAGAAAAGUCGACAAAAAUAGAAACAAAACUCGCAGACCCAUCGUCUGACAAAAAAGAAGAAAAGUCGACAAAAAUAGAAACAAAACUCACAGAAUCGGCUGAUGAUGAAGAAGAAAGUGACGAGGAGAAUGAAGACACAGAUGAAACAGACGGCGUUAGUUCAGAUUAUCUCACCAUUGACAAGUGGCUACCAGAUCAUCUAAGGAUACCGUACGCCGCCAUGUUCAAGAAACACGGCUACACAACCACCAACUUUCUCACAUCUUUGACCGAGGCUGACCUGGUCAAGUUAGGCGUGGAUAAGAAAGGCAUUAGGAUGUUCCUGAUGGCUGAGAUAAGAAAACUGCCAAGUUUUCAGCUGAAGAUUAACAUCAAAGCAGGCAUAAACCAGUUUCUGAAAGACACCGGACUUCAGUCAUAUCUGGAGAACUUUAAAGCCAACUGUUUGGACACGGCCGAAGGUCUCCAAACUCUCAAGCACUUCACAGAAGACGACAUCAAAGAUCUGGGGAUUAAAAAACCAGGUCACGUUAAAAGGUUAAUGAGUGCGAUAGCGAUGCUUCGAUUACAAGACCACGUUUACACAACAGAGCAGGAAGAUCACUCAGCUCCCAAAAUAGCAGAAGGAGGUUCCGCUACAUCGAUAAAUGUCGUGGAUGAAGACAUUACUACCCUCGCCAGCCCAGAUGAGAGAGAUUUCAGAGCACAGUGGGCGGGCCUGAUAGAGCGGACUUUAAACCCCGAUCAUGGUCACGUGGUCUCAUCAGACACCAUAACAGAAAACCUACAGAGGCUAAAAAUCAACGCCAUCAAAUGUCUUAUUGCCACCAAUGCUGUGUUGUUUGUGUUUACUAUAGUCCUGACCUUUUUCUCACGGUUUAGCAAAGUCGUAGUCGGCAUCGACCCAGUCAGUUUUGCCGUCCUGCUCCUAUACGCCCUACUCAUGUUACUCCAGUUCCUCGGUAUGCUCAUCUACAACCUCUCUAGGUUCUGCAACAAACUAUCUAGAGCUUCGUAUGGACUGAAGAGAUUUAAAUGUAUCAACACUAAUGGAGGUGAAAACAGCCAAUGUGGUGAGACUAGAAGACUAAACAGAGGUGAGACUAUCUCACUAUUGAGAGAAGGGGAUGGAUCUGCUACGGAUUAACCUUGAUCAUUAUAAUAUGAUAUAAUCCUCAAAUUAUAAUCUAUAUAAUCAUUUAGUGUUUUAGGCUAGCAUGUUUAUAGAUGUAGUUAAAAAAUUAACCUACCAAAGGUUUAUUUAAAUACCAUUAUAUAAAUAUAACCAUGAAUACAAGAGUUUGUUUUACGCUGUUCAGAAGACGUCGAGGGAACAUGGGGGCGCUUUGUUCGCCUUUGGUACUAACAUCAGAGGCGUAGCGACCCUUCCCGACGACAGGGGACAAACUUUUCGA